AAUGAAGCUCACGGCGGGAGGGGGCGUCGCCAUUUUGUUUGUUUUAGUGAAACUGUACAGUGGGAGGAUGGUGAGAAAGGUACCCUAGAUACGGUUGCUAAACACGGAAAGCUACUAUAGGACCGUUCCGCGAUCACGCCCCCCUCCACCUCCGUGUGAGCAGGUGCAGGGACGAUGUUCUACGCCCACUUUGUCCUCAGCAAACGUGGGCCGCUGGCCAAAAUCUGGCUGGCGGCCCACUGGGAUAAGAAGCUGACCAAAGCACACGUGUUUGAGUGCAACCUGGAGAGCAGCGUAGAGAGCAUCAUCUCUCCAAAGGUGAAAAUGGCUCUCCGUACAUCUGGUCACUUACUCCUGGGUGUAGUGAGGAUCUACCACAGAAAAGCCAAGUACCUGCUGGCAGACUGCAAUGAGGCUUUUAUUAAAAUCAAAAUGGCUUUUCGCCCAGGUGUGGUCGACCUGCCUGAGGAGAACCGGGAAGCCGCCUACAAUGCCAUUACAUUACCGGAAGAAUUUCACGACUUCGAUCAGCCUCUUCCAGACCUGGACGACAUUGACGUUGCUCAACAGUUCACCCUGAAUCAGUCGCGUGUGGAGGAGAUCACCAUGCGAGAAGAAGUAGGAAACCUCAGUCUACUGCAGGAGAAUGAUUUUGCUGAUUUCGGGAUGGAUGACCGAGAGAUGAUGCGAGAAGAAGGUGCAUUUGAAGUGGACAUCAUCCAUGGGGCGUCUGCGUCUAACCUGCUGCUGGAGUCAGAGUCAAGUAGCGGACAGAUUGCUGACAAGUCCAAUCACCUAGAGUACGACCAAUACAAGGAUGACUUUGGGGACAACCCUAUGGAGAGCACAGAGGGAGGCAUGCUGGUGGACAAGCUGCUCAGUAACGAGGAUGGAGGUGGUAUUUUCGAUGACCCUCCAGCCAUCGCUGAGGGUGUGAUGAUGCCCCAAGACCACGGUGGAGAUGAUGAUGAUGAUUUUGACAACCUUUCACCAGCGGGAGGUCCAGACAGUCCUGAUUCUGGUCCUGUGGAGCAGCUGCCCACCAUGACAGACCAGACCGAACAGACCACCCUAGUCCAUAAUGAGGAGGAGGCUUUUGCUUUGGAGCCCAUUGACAUCACAGUGAAGGAAACCAAAGCAAAAAGAAAGAGGAAGCUGAUUGUGGACAGUGUGAAGGAGCUGGACAGUAAGACCAUCCGUGCCCAGCUGAGCGACUACUCUGACAUUGUCACCACUCUGGAUCUGGCUCCCCCGACCAAGAAGCUGAUGAUGUGGAAGGAAACCGGAGGAGUGGAGAAGCUCUUCUCUCUGCCAGCUCAGCCCCUCUGGAACAACAGACUGCUCAAGAUGUUCACACGCUGCCUGACCCCUCUGGUGCCCGAUGAACUGAGGAAGAGGAGAAAGGGUGGAGAAGCAGACAGCUUGGAUGAGUUCCUCAAAGAUCUGGAGAACCCUGAGGUGCCACGAGAAGAGGCCUUGUCUCAGCAACGAGACAUCAUUGACCAGACCAUCCUGGAGGAGCCCAGUGUUCUUCAGUCUUCGGCCAUGGAGGGCAGUCGCACGACCCUUGAUGAAUCAGUCAUGCCUCCUCCUUCUGGACCCCGUGGACAAAAGCGCAAAGCUCAGGACACAGAGCCUGCCUUACCUAUGCUUGAGGAUGAUCGUUCCUCCAUUGUGUCCACACGGCCAGUGAACAUGCAGCAGGUGGACCUUCCACCGGAGGAACCAGGCAACAUCUCACAGUUCAUCUCUGAAUUCGACCUGAUAGGAGAGAAGAGCAAAGAGAAGAAGGAUGAUGAGGAGGAAGAGGAGGAGGAGGAAGGUCAAAGUGGAGACCAGGAUCAGGAGGAGAGGAGGUGGAACAAGAGGACGCAGCAGAUGCUGCACGGCUUGCAGAGAGUCAUUGCUAAGACCGGAGCAGAAUCGAUCAGCUUGCUGGAUCUGUGCAGAAACAACAACAAGAAACAGGCAGCUGCUAAGUUCUACAGCUUUCUGGUGCUAAAGAAACAACAGGCAGUGGAGCUCAGGCAGGACGAGCCCUACAGUGACAUCAUCGCCAGCCCUGGCCCCAGAUUUCACAUUAUAUAGACUUUUAUGGUCAACACUGGAUGAUUUUAAUAGGUUUGUUUGUAUAUAAUGUGUUAUGUCUUUCUGUGCAUGCGCAUUUUCAUGCAUCAUACAUGUGCACUCAGUCUCGCAUGCAAAAAAAAUUGUUUCUUUUAACAGUUUCUCAAUACGAGCAUGCACAUUGGACAAAAAGGCUAAAUGGUUCUGAAUUGUUCUGACCUGGUUGAGGUUGAAAAUAUAAUGCUUUUGUUCUCAAACUUACAAACUUACAGAAAAGCUUAUCUUAGAAAACAGAAUGGUCAGAAUGGUGGCAGGUUUUCAUAGGAAGGCACAAUUGCUCAGCUGUUGUCAUUCCAUUAGUUGGUUGUGCUCACUUGCAAAGGCCUCGAGCCUUCAGUUUGUUUUCAGAUGCUUCUGUUUCAUUAUUUAAUGGGUGCCGCUGUUUUGCAUGCUUUGAAUUGCAUGUUGACAUGCAACAUACUUGGGUUUACUUCCAUGAAAGUAUUUUUUUUUUUGUUUGUUUGUUUAAAUGUAAAAGAGUAACAUUUUAGCUGCUCCAAAUAUAAAAAAAAAUAAUAGUUUGUAUGUUUAUAAAAUAUAUAUUGAAUGAAGUAUUGACCUACAGUGUGUUGUUUUGUUUUUAUUGUAUUUUUUCAAAAAUCUACUACAGUAACAGAUUUCCCUAAAUUCUCCCUGAGCUUCAGUGUUGUGAACGUUUACCCAAAAUCAGCUUUAGUAUUGCUUGUCAGCCAGACAAAUGUUAUAUACUGUGAUAGACAUUUGUUAAAAUAAUGUGUCAUUUGUUGUAAAGAUAAUUUUUGUAAUUGUGCAAGCACUUUUUAAAACGGUCCAUAGGUCUUUGGUUUUAUCAAUGUUACCUGUGACAACUCUCUGUUUUGUAUAUCACAAUAAUUAAACACUUAUCUGUUA